AUGCGGAUGCAGAUUUCAGAGAAAGGGAAAGAGAGGCAAACAAUGCGGCAAUGCGAGUCCGAAGAUCUGGCCGAGAAAGAGAAAGAGAGCGCGAACAGAACGUCUUGCGAAUGCAGCGUCGAAGAGCCAUGGUGGAAGUGCGAGCUCCAGAACGCAUCAGGGAUCGUGAAGCGCGACAAGAGCAACGAAAUAGUUAUGCUGUUGGUGUAA